CGCGUUGAUCUCUUGCUUGGAGCUGAAAGUUUCUUUGAUAUUUUGUCUGUCGGUCAAAUCAAACUAGGUGAAAAUUUUCCAGUACUUCAAAAAACACUAUUAGGAUGGAUUGUAUCUGGCAAGUACAAGGGUCAGCCAUUUGCAUCACCAGCAGCAAAAUGCCUAUUAUCAGUUGAAGAUACAGUCUCCGAUCAAUUAGAAAUGAUGUGGAAGAUAGAGGAAGUGCAAUCGGCUUCAAAGUCAUGGUCACCAGCACAUGUUGCGUGUGAGUCAUUAUAUCGUGAAACGGUUCACCAAAAUGCGAUGGGAAGAAUUGUCGUUCGGUUACCAUUCAAAGAUUCACCAGAUUGUCUUGGUUUGACACACAAUAUCGCCUUGCGCCGUUUUUAUUCUGUAGAACGGCGAUGGUCAUCUAAUCGUGCACUGAAGCAAGACUAUCAAGAAUUCAUGAAACAAUAUCGAGAGCUCGGACACAUGACGCGUGUUGAGACUCCGAAAACCAACGAACCUCAUUAUUAUAUCCCUCAUCAUUGUGUUUUAAAACCGUCGAGCACUUCGACCAAGCUGAGGGUGGUUUUUGAUGCGUCAUGUUCAACAACUUCGCAACGUUCAUUAAAUGAUAUUCUACUGGUCGGCCCGACAAUUCAGCCGGAGUUAUACUUGUUGCUACUUCAAUUUCGUUUGCACCGAUAUGCCUUGACGGCUGACAUUGUUAAGAUGUACCGACAGAUACUGAUAGAUGAACCAGAUCGAAAAUUCCAAUAUAUUUUUUGGCGAGAUACGGAGUCCGAUCCUGUUAGUACUUACGAGUUGAAUACAGUCACUUAUGGUACUGCAUCAGCACCUUUUCUAGCAACCAGGAGUUUGCAGUAUUUGGCGGACAAAUUUGAAACACAAUACCCAAUAGGCGCUGCACUCAUUAAAUCAUCGUUCUUUGUCGACGACUUCUUAGGUGGAGCAGAUUCCAUUGAUCAACUCACCAAUAUCAGACAUCAGUUAACGGCCAUUCUACAGAAGGGUUGCUUCGAUCUUGACAAAUGGCAUUCAAACCAUCAUGACUUCAUCAGCGAUACUACAACAAAGAGUUUGAAUCUUGAUACAGAUACAGUCACCAGCGCUCUAGGCAUCAAGUGGCACCAAAUGCAAGAUGUUUUCCUAUUUUCGUUCAAUGCACAACCAGGUCAUAUUGUAACAAAACGCACCAUCUUAUCCCUUGCGUCUUCAUUAUUCGACCCGCUUGGAUUACUAGCACCGAUCAUACUCGUAGCCAAAAUUAUGAUGCAAGAAUUGUGGCUUUUGCGUGUGGACUGGGACGAGUCAGUCCCUCAAAAUCUUCACUCAGCGUGGAAAACAUUUAUUCAAGAUCUUACAACGCUUUCAUCGGUUAAGGUGCCGAGGUACUGCCUAUCCAUAAACUAUCAACAGGUUGAUGUACACGGUUUCUGUGACGCUUCAAUACGCGCAUAUGGUUGCUGUAUAUUUCUCCGAUCACAAAACACAUCAGGUAAGGUGACGGUCAGGCUAUUCACUGCAAAAUCCCGUGUGGCACCUAUAAAGCGGAAGUCGCUACCUAAACUAGAACUCUGUGGUGCCUUACUUCUUGCCAAACUGUAUCAGAAGGUCCAACCAAUAUUUGCGCAAUUUAAGGGUGAAACGUUUUUUUGGACUGAUUCACAGAUUGUAUUACAUUGGUUGAAGCAGCACUCAUCAACCCUGUCUGCAUUCGUUGGCAAUCGAGUAGCGGAAAUUCAAGAUAUUACCGCAAAUGGGCAAUGGAGACACGUUCCUACCCAAUCCAACCCGGCAGAUGUUGUGUCGCGCGGCUGUAACAUCCGCCAAUUAUCAGAGUCUUGUUGGUUUACGGGGCCGGAAUUUUUGUUACUCGCUGAUAAAUACUGGCCGCAUUUGAAAUGUCACAACCUGGAUAUGGAAGAAGUCAAUAAAGAGACGCGAAAGGUUGUAUUCGUUAACACAAAUGAAGACAACUACGUAUUACAGGUAUUGUCAAGAUAUAGUUCAUACACUAAGAUGCUACGAGUAAUAGCGCAGGUACAGCGUUUUUAUCAUGUAACCAAGAAUAAAUUGAAGAACGGAGAAUGUACCCUCCAACCUAUUCAGCUACAAAAGACAUUGCACUGUAUUAUUUGGGUCAUCCAACAGCAAUUCUUCGAAAUUGAUAUACAACGCCUACAACGAGGGAACCCAGCCGAAGGUACAUUAAAGCAUCUAAAUCCCUUCCUGGACAAUGUAUUCGGUUAUCAAUUACUAAAG